CUGAGGUCGCUGUGCUCCGCGGCUCCACGCAGCAGAAGGCAGCAGCAGCUCCAUGUAAACACGCCGCGCACAGGGCUUUGUUUCACACACACACACUCCGCUGGUGGCUCCCCUCUAGUCAUGCCAUGGAUAUUUUGUGGCAAUACCAGUUCCGAAUCAUUCUACUCGGGGAUUCCACGGUAGGGAAGUCGUCGCUGCUGAAGCGCUUCACGGACGGAAUUUACAGCGAUGUGGCGGAUCCGACGGUUGGGGUAGAUUUCUAUGCGCGCUCGCUUGAUAUCGAGCCUGGUGUGAAAAUAAAGCUCCAGCUCUGGGACACGGCCGGACAGGAGCGAUUCAGGUCCAUCACAACAUCAUAUUACCGCAACUCAGUUGGGGGACUCUUAGUCUUUGAUCUCACCAACCGAAAGACCUUCGACCAUGUGAGAGAAUGGCACAAGGAGGUGAGUGAGCACAUCCUGCCCCACCAUAUGGUCUACAUCCUCAUCGGCCACAAGAGUGACCUCAACAAGGACCGUAAGGUGAGCCGGGAUGAGGCAGAGCAGCUUGCCGCCGAGUUGGGCAUCCGCUAUGUGGAGACAUCGGCCAAGUGCAACAGCAACGUGGACCGGGCCUUUGAGCUGCUGACCAGAGACAUCUUCGAGCUGAUGAAGAUGGGGGAAAUUGUCACCCGCGACGGCUGGGACGGCGUGAAGAGCGGCCUCUCCGCCAAGGUCCUCUACCCAGCCGAUGAAGAAGAGGAACUAGCUGCCGCAUCGGCUGAAAAGGGCUGCCACUGUUGACUGAGAACUCUGUGUCCAAACACUGUCCUGUCACACCAAGAGCUCACCUCGUCUCACAGCUGUCCAUCUAAACCAAGUCAUUCUGGCUCAGCACCCUGUGAUAUCACCAUCCAUCACUUCCUCACCUUGUGCUUCGUGCCCUCUCUUUGUGGAUUCUUCUCAGAACUGAGAUUUCCAACAGGGAGUUUGUGUACAUCCUGAUGUGUAUCUUAUAGGAAAGUUGUAUCUUUAAAUCCAUGUGGUGUAGCAUGACUUGAGCUGAUUUGGGCAGUGUUAGGUUAAAAACAAACAGAAAAGGGGCUUAAAAUGUAGCCAAUAUUCCUUUUCACAGUACUGGAGCUAAUGGACUACUGAUUAUAAGAAAAAACGAACUAUUACUGUGGUCUGGUCUCACCUCCAUUUCAUACGCCAAUGUUGUGGGUGUCUACCUGUCAAAGUUUGUGCGAUGCUUUGCCUGCAAUCUUUUCUGACUGUAAUUUUGUAAAUAAUAGUGAAAUCUAUAGAGAUGAGAGCUAAAAGGUCACUGAAAGCUAUUUAAUAGUGUGAACAGACACAGUGCACUCUGCAUUAUGUGUCACCAUAUUAAAUCAAUGUGCUCCUCCUGCUACUGUAAGCUGUGUGCGCACUUAUGCCAAACUGACUUAAACCUUUGGUCACUCUGUGAAUAGAUGAGUAAUGUUUUUGUAAAAAGAUAGAGAUUAUUUGUAGUUAAGGUGUAUACAUAACAAAUAGAUCAUUGUAAUUAGGGUCGGCGGCUCCAGUUAGGUAUUAGCUGUAUAGAAUCAACAGCAGCAAGAAGUGUGUCAGAGGUUCAACAAACAUCUGUUUAUUAUGUUCAAAACUCAGUUCUCAAAAAUGACAUGUAAGUUUGACUUCCUGAUGAAUCCAAGGGUAUAGAAGGAUGUGUUACCUACAUUUGGCUGUGAUCUAGAGGUAUCAAAGAGUAGAAAUGUUGGGUUUAAGUCUAGAAGAAGUCUGGAUUUAUCAAACCUGAGGAUGCCACUCCAACAUGGUACCAUAUACUGCAAAAGCUAAUUACUUGAAGAUGGUUAUGAUAGGCCUCUAAAGCAGCUUCAGUUUAGUUGUGUGGGGGAUGAGCAGUCAAGCAUGCAUCUCAGUAAGAAAUGAGACAAGGACUUUUAUAUAUAUAUAUAUAUAUAUAUAUAUAUAUAUAUAUAUAUAUAUAUAUAUAUAUAUAUACAGACUAAAUUCUUAGGGCCUUAAAAGUAUAGUUCAGCAUUUUUGGAAAAUAAGUGAAAUUAUUUUUUCGCUAGCUAAUUAAAUGACAAAUUUGUUACCUGUCUCAUCUAAGUAGGGAGCUACAGCCAGGAUGCAUUUAGCUUAGCUUAGCAUGAAGACAGAAUCCAUGGGUAAACAGCUUGACUGCUCUCACUGUAGUUUAAAAAUACCCCAAACAGGCGACUCAAUUUAAUUUUAUGUUUAAUAGCUGGGACAUUUUGUAGAAGUGAAGUAGUUAAAGCACAUGGCUAUUUGGGUACAAAUCAAACACAGAGGAUUCAUUGUGUUAUGUAGUGUUUUUAGGCGUAUUCUUCCACUUUUUAAAGAGCCAGGCUAGCUGUUUCCCCUGUUUCCAGUAUUCAUGCUAAGCUAUUCGAGUCAUCUUCUUGUUUGAGAUAGGGCCCUAGGAUCCUUGGUCUUGGCUAAUUCUCAAAGAGAAACUUAAUAAUUGUUUUGUCAGAAUUUGGAGCUAUUCAUGGAAAUCUGACAGCGGUUAUUGUCUGUAUGAAUAAAAAUAUAUAUCCAUCCAAAUCUCAAGUAAAGCUACAUUUUGGUUGACAUUAGCUACCUAAUGUCAACAUAGCAUUGACGUGAAUUUUGUUCUUACAUGGUUAAGAGUAUUUUGGAUUUAACUGACUUGUGAAGCUUUCCAUACCAACUGUUACAGAACCCAAGUUUUCAGCUUGCUGUUAUGAGCUGCAUUUCUAAUAACUGCACAUCUACCCACAAGACUUCGAACAUGGCAGUAGGCUAACUGCCUUUAAUGCAGAGGAUCAUGAAUUCUGCAAAUUCUUCAAAUGCUUUAUACUCCAGAGCCAAACAAUCUGCUGUUUACAUACCAGGAGUGUGCAGUAGACUAGAAUACACUUGUCAGGUAACUCACCUUUCCUCCAAUCACUCAUUUCACCAGCAUUUCACAAGAAAGCCUCUCUGCACACUCACUUUGAACAUCUAGAGAUUAUGCAUUUUGCAGUUUAGCUUCAUUCAUUCAUGUGACCAGUUUGACAUUUUUUUCAGUUGUAUGGGUUAUCUAGUAAAUAUGCUGUACAUUAUGUGGUAGCAGUUUAAUAAUUGCACCAUCCCUUUACUUUGCUGCACAAACUGGGCUCUUCCUGGAAAACUACCACUGAUUAAAGAUAGAACAGUAUAUUACAGACACCUAUGUUUUUGAUUAGUUUGACAAUCAGAUAUUGGUGUUUCAUGUUGUCAGUCCAGAUGAGGUCCUUAUCAUGGGGUGCUACAUCUUGAAAUCAUGCUAAAUGUCCAUUGAAAAUACCAUUUGACAACCAGUCUGACUAUCUGUUCAACUACCUAUCUUACUUUUGCCUCUAAUCUAAACAGGGUCAAAUUGUAUGAUAUUGUAUGCUAAUACACUGCUGUUGGCAAAUUGUUCUCCAAUAAGCAUGGCUUCCAUUCCUGAGCACUGCACUUGUGGCAGGUUGAUUUAGUUGAAAGGACAAUACUGGGAAGAUAAGCAGAAGUAUCCUUUUGAAAGACUGACUUCAUGGGAACAAAAGACGCAUUAUUAGAAGCCGCUAUAUCUAUUAAUGACAAAUAGUUAAAUUUAUCUAUUUAAGGAGAAAAAAAACAUUUUCAACUGCAUUUGUAAUCUUACAGGCUGUGCCAACAUACUAGGAGUGGCCAUCCUGAGUAAUGAUUAAAAUAGUGACCAUAACCAACUUUCCAUCCAAAUCUAGCCUCUCUCUUACUGUGUUCUUCAAAGAGAAACUCAACAUUUGUGGAAAUAUGCUUGUUUGCUUUCUUUUCCAGUGUGAGAUGAAAAGAUUGAUUCCACUAUUGUAUGUUAUGUACAGAACUGGAGUCAAGGGGCAAGCAGUCUAGCUUAGCAACAGCAAGCUCUGUGAAUUUAUACAACUAAUGCUUCACUACAGAGCUUGUUCCAGGAAUUAAGAGCGAAAGGGAGAUAUGUGUGCAUUGAGAAUAUGUUGGUAUCUGGUUCUGUACUUAACACACAAACAUGCACUGAUGUCAUUUAUCUCUCUUUUAUUUUAAAAAAGUAGAUGAGCACAUUUUAAGAAAUAGUGUAUUAUUUGUUAAAGAUGUGUUAUGCCAUCCAGUGGACUGAUCAGACCAAACCACUGAGUAGGUACCAGAAAACAUCAGCGACUCUUUGGCCUGCCAGACGGUACCCAGUACAAAACAGUAUCGUCUCUAAUCUCCACGGUCACUUUUCACGGCAUUGUUGAAUAAAUGUUAUUUAUUUUAUAUAUUAUGUAUAAAGGAUUUGCCUAUUAUUUGAUGUGAUUUUACUGAUUGGUAAAAAAAAAAAAUAAAUAGAUGUCCAAUGA